CUAGACAGUUCCAAGCAAACUCUCUCUCUCUCUCUUUCUUUCUGUCUCUCAAGUUUUCUUUCUUCCCAAGUUUUAAACCUUAAGGAAAGAUGGAGCAACCUGCUAAGGAAACCACUGCAGAAAGCAGUGGACCAAAGGUUUUGGAAACAGCAGAAGAAAUCCAGCAGAGGCGUGAAGAAGUGUUGAAUCGGUACCACAGGUUCAAGAAACGAGUUGCUGAGAGGGGUCAGAAGCUUGAAGAGUCCUAUCACUACCAGGUUUUCAGGAGAGAGGCAGAUGACCUGGAAAAGUGGAUCAUGGAGAAACUUGAGAUUGCAAAGGACAAGAGCUAUGAGCCAACUAACAUACAGGGGAAAUAUCAGAAGCAUGAAUCCUUUGCAGCGGAGGUGCAAGCAAAAUCAAAGGUCCUUCCUGAGCUGGAAGAAACUAGGGAAAUCAGGUUUACUAAAGACCAUUUUGCCCAUGAGGAGACCAAGAUCCAUCUGGAGGAACUGCAUCACCUGUGGGACCUACUGCAGGAGCUUACUGAGGAGAAGGGUGACCUGCUGCGGCGGGCUCUGAGGUUCUAUCAGUAUGCACAGGACUGUGAAGACAUCUUGGAGUGGAUCAAAGACAAAGAGGCUAUAGUGACAUUAGUAGAGCUGGGUGAGGACUGGGAACGUACCGAAGUUCUGCAUAAGAAGUUUGAAGAGUUCCAGGAAGAACUGACAGUUCGUAAAGGGAGAGUGGACAAAGUGAACCAGUAUGCCAAUGAGUGUGCUGAGGAGAACCAUCCUAAAUUGCCUUUGAUAAAGUCAAAGCAGGAUGAGGUAAAUACUGCCUGGGAGCAUCUCUGUAAUCUAGCUCUCCAGAGACAGCAAACUCUGACCAGUGCUGCAGAACUGCAGAGGUUCAAAAGGGAUGUGACUGAAGACAUACAGUGGAUGAAGGAGAAAGAACCUGUACUGGCCUCUGAGGACUAUGGCAAAGAUCUUUUUACUUCUGAAGCCCUGUUUCACACUCACAAGGGACUUGAGAGGAACCUUGCAGUCAUGCAGGACAAGGUAAAAGAGUUAUGUGCCAAAGCAGACAAGCUGAUGACUUCCCAUCCUUUGGAUGCACCUCAGAUUCAGCAGAUGAAAGAGGAUCUGGUCUCCAACUGGGACCACGUUCGUGCUUUGGCUACUACCCGAUAUGCAAAACUACAGGCUUCUUAUUGGUACCAUCGGUUCUUAUCUGACUAUGAUGAGCUCACAGGCUGGAUGAAUGAAAAGACUGCUCUCAUCAGUGCUGAUGAGCUGCCAACAGAUGUUGCUAGUGGGGAAGCCCUACUAGCCAGGCACCAGCAACAUAAGCAUGAAAUUGACUCUUAUGAUGACCGAUUUCAAUCUGCUGAUACAAUUGGUCAAGACCUUCUGGAUGGCAAUCAUGAAGCUUCUGAUGAAAUUCGGGAAAAGAUGACAACCCUUGCCAAUGAUUGGGCUGCCCUGCUGGAACUGUGGGACAGACGGCAGCAUCAGUACCAGCAGUGCUUGGAUUUUCACCUCUUCUACAGAGACAGCGAACAAGUAGAUAGUUGGAUGAGUAGACAAGAGGCAUUCCUGGAAAAUGAGGACCUGGGAAACUCAGUGGGCAGUGUAGAAGUCCUACUUCAGAAGCACGAUGACUUUGAGGAAGCCUUUACUGCCCAGGAAGAGAAGAUCAUAACCCUGGAUGAAACUGCAACCAAACUCAUUGACAAUGAUCAUUAUGAUUCAGAGAAUAUUGCUGCAAUUCGUGAUGGGUUAUUGGCCCGGCGGGAUGCCCUACGUGAAAGGGCUGUAACUCGACGCAAGUUGCUGGUGGAUUCAUUGCUUCUGCAACAAAUGUAUCAAGACUCAGAUGACCUAAAAACCUGGAUCAACAAAAAGAAAAAGUUGGCAGAUGAUGAAGAGUACAAGGAUAUACAGAACUUGAGAAGCCGGGUUCAAAAGCAGAAAGACUUUGAAGAGGAGUUGGCAGCUAAUGAGAUCAUGCUCAACAACCUAGAGAAAACCGGCCAGGAGAUGGUGGAGAGCAAUCACUAUGCCUCUGAGGCUGUGGCUGCCCGUGUGAGUGAGGUCGGCAGCCUCUGGAAGGAGUUGUUGGAGGCAACAGCACAGAAAGGGACCCAGUUACAUGAAGCUAACCAACAGCUACAAUUUGAAAAUAAUGCAGAAGACCUGAUGCGAUGGCUGGAGGAAGUGGAGUGUCAAGUUACCUCUGAGGAUUAUGGGAAGGGCCUGGCUGAUGUACAGAAUUUACUCAGGAAACACGGCCUCCUGGAAGCGGCUGUGGUUGCUCGUCAGGAUCAAGUGGACACCCUCACAGACAUGGCUUCACAUUUUGAAGAAAUAGGCCAUCCUGAUUCUGGGACCAUUCGUGCAAGGCAAGAAUCAUUGGUAUCCAGGUUUGAAGCUCUGAAAGAUCCACUGGCCACCCGAAAAAAGAAGCUUAUUGACCUACUAAAUCUGCAAAGAAUUUGCAGAGAUUCUGAGGAUGAGGAGGCCUGGAUCGAAGAGACUGAACCCUCAGCAGCUUCCACCUAUCUUGGUAAGGACUUAGUUGCAGCCAAGAAUCUUCUGAACAGACAUGAAGUCAUCCUUGCAGACAUUGCCAACCAUGAGCCAAGAAUCCAGUUGAUAACAGAGAGGGGAAACAAGAUGGUACAGGAAG